GGCGGCAUCUGGAUUUUAAUCACAAAGCGCACCAAGGUCAGGCACAACCACCCUAGCCAAACCCAAUCCGAUUUUCGCAAUUCUCUCCCCCUCUCCUCCCCCUGUUUACUAUCAACUGCAUUGUUAACCCUCCGUGUGGAUUGAUUCCUUUGGCCUACCCCUCCUCCUGAGGGUGACAUCUGAUUGAUUUUCUUUUCAUUUCCUUCUCUAUCUCUAUUUUUGUAUAUCUCUGUAUAUAUCUCUAUAGGUAACUUGAAAGCUUGGGGUUCUUUUUUGCCAUUUGUGUAACAGGAGGGCUCAUGCCCAUCCCAGGCCGCGUUGGGGAUCCCCUGAGACGGGCAGGCUCCCACCAUCUGCCCCGACGGCUCCUUCUUAUCCGCCACGGCGAGUCCAAGGCGAAUGUCAACGACACUCUCUACAGCACCACCCCUGACUGGCGCAUCGAGCUCACCAAGGUCGGCCAUCAGCAGGCCUUUCAAUGUGGCCAGGUGCUCCGCCGGAUUAUCCAGGACGAACGGCUGUUUUUGUACUAUUCCCCCUAUAUUCGCACUCGGCAGACUUUGGAGGAAAUCCGGAAGAGCCUAUGCCCAAGUCAGAUCCUCGGCGAGUGUGAGGACGAGCGGCUUCGCGAGCAGGAGAUCGGGAAUUACCAGCCGAUCGAGAAGAUGUCGGAGACCUGGCAGGAGCGGAAUGACUACGGCCGAUUGUACUAUCGCUUUCCUUGCGGUGAGAGCGGGGCGGAUGUGGGGGAUCGCGUUUCCUGCUUUUUUAACUCCUUUUUACGGAUGAAUAUCGAGCUGACAGGGUCAAAUCGGACUACGACGCGGUCUGAGGAGGGAGGAGUGAAGGAGAAACAUGACGAAGCCACCAACGAGGAGGAGGAAGGAGAACGACAUCAGAAACAGGAGAAAGGGGCAGUGGGGAUGUCGUCAUCUGAGGAUCGCGAGUUUCUCGGUGGGAAAGGGGAAAGAAACGUGGGAGGUUGCUCAUCUUUUUUGGAAAACUCAGACGUAGAAUCCGAUUGUGGAGUGAUGCCGCCUGCGUCAGUAAACAGUUAUGAUACGGGGGAUCGAAACGUGGCGGUCGUUUCGCAUGGUUUACUGAUCCGACUUUUUAUUAGUCGGUGGUUUAACAUGCCGGUGGAGUUAACGGAAACUUUGAAUAACCCGCCGAACUGCUCAAUUGUGGUACUCGAGCGGAAAGACGGCAUCGGUAAUUUGGUCAUGACGGACGCAAGCAAAGCGCUUUUUGGGAAUGAUUCCCGCCUGCAGUUAAUGAAGUUUGAUGAGCAGAUGACGAAGGUUUAUCAGAAGAAACUUAUCAGCGGUAUCGAUCUACAGCGAAGGGUGGGGCCGAAGGGUGUGUAG